GUUGAAUUCACAUGAUAGCGGCGUGCACGGCGGUAUACGGCCACAGUCAGCGCUCGCUCACAUGCAUGUGGCGGUCAGCUGCUGAGGGGAUGUUGGCGGCGAUCGAGUCGCGCGACAUACUUAAUCCACGGUUCACGUUCGCGCCCACCAUGCCGCACCCUUCUCUCUUCACCCACCACUGAGCUAGACCAGACCUUGACUCGCGAGAUCGGUAGCCCCCACUCAGCCUUUCAGCACCUUUUUCGCACGCGCUAUGAAGGUCACGCCAGUUGCAGUACGCGAUGACAACUACGCAUACAUCGUGUCAGACGGUGCUAAAGGCGUCUUCGUAGAUCCUUACGAUCUAGGAAAGGUCCAGGAUGCUGCCCAAAAGCUCGGCGUGUCGGAGAUCGUCGGCUCCAUCACAACUCAUCACCACUUUGACCACAGCGGUGGCAACGAAGCAUUUGCAAAGGCGUACCCUUCGGCUACUGUGUGGGGAGGCAGCGACAAGUGCCCGGCAAUGACGAAGCAGGUGAAGAAUGGAGAUUCAUUUCCGCUAUGGCAAGGCUCCAACAUCCAAGCGAAGAUCUACGCUACACCUUGCCAUACACAAGAUUCACACGCUUUCUUCUUGCAAGACGAGGCCGGCAAGAAGGGCGUCUUCACCGGUGAGUCGGAUCGUGAUGGGAUCGCAUUGCCGGCUCGGAGCUCAGAUUCCUUCUGCUUUGGAGUGCAGGGCGGCUGCGGUCGCUUCUUCGAGGGCACGCCAGAAGAAAUGCACCGCGCAUUGAACACGGUACUCGCUAGUCUGCCCGACGACACUAUUGUUUACUGCGGACAUGAAUACACCGGGGGCAACAUUGCGUUCGGAAUCGGCGUGCUGCCACAACGCAAAUCGGUGCAAGACCUUGCGGCCUUUGUCAAAGAGAAACGCAACAAUGGCGUGACCACAGGUGUCUUCACGAUCGCAGACGAAAAGAAGCACAACGUCUUCAUGCUUGUCGAUGACGAAGAGGUUGCGGAGGCAAUUGGCGCAAAAGGCAAGGGUCCCGUGGAAGUGAUGCGCAUCUUGCGGGAGUACAAGAACAAUGGCAAGAUGCAAGUAAACCUGUGAAGCAGGAGCGAUAUGUCAUCGCCGCUCCGCCAGAACUGUGCCCUUUUCCAUAUCAGAACCGGAAUUGUCUUCGCCCCUUCGCAACGUCUCCAAAGAUCACCCUUUAGGUGUGCUAUGGCUGCUGCCCUCACACCGCCGUUCUGUGCAUUUGGUAUCUGUGUAUUCUUGCAAAUUAUUCAUCCAGCCAAUCCAUCAACUCCGGGCUGAAGUAGCUGAGAAUGAUAGUGGCGCCAGCUCUGACGAAAGCUUCGCUCAGCUCUACCACCUGCGCUUUCAGGUCGUAAACUCCAGCUGCGGCUGCUGCGUGUAGCGCUGCGUACUCUCCCGACACCUGCACAAAGAUAAGAUUGGCGCACUGAGCACACAUU